AUGGCGUUCAAUUUCGGCGCGGCGUCGGGGGGGCAGCCCGCUGCCUCGACGCCCGCCUUCGGUUUCGGGGCAUCGGCUCAGCCCGCGUCGAGCUCCGCCUUUUCGUUUGGGGCGUCCUCGCAGCCUGCCUUCUCCGGGGCCGGCGGCGGGCUCUUCGGAUCGAACCAGCAGAGCUCUGCGCCCAGCACAGGUUUCGGCUUCGGAUCGGGAACGCCCCAGCCCGCGAGCGGCGCGGGGGGGUUCAGUUUCGGCGCUGCAACGUCAACAGCCUCGCUGGGCUUCGGAUCCACGCCGUUCGGGGCCAGCACGGGCGGCGGCCUCUUCGGCGCCGCCAGCACGGGAGCGAACUUGUUCGGCGGGUCCUCCGGCCUGUUUGGGGCCGCCUCCGCGCCCCAGCCCUCCUUGUUCGGCGCCUCAACCCCCGCCCAAAGCACCCCCGGCGGCGGGCUGUUCGGAGGCCAGCCGCAGCAGGGCCAGCCGUUCGGCACCCCCACCGCAGGCACGGCGACCGACGGGCAAGCGGCGGGGAUCGACCCGACGGUGCUGUCGGACCUGGCAGCAAUAGACCGCGCGUACACGGAGCGCGCGGACAACCCGGACUACAAGCUCCGCGCGCUGUUCCUGAACACCGUCGAGAACCCCGCGGCGCGCGUGCAGCCCCCUGGCGUCGACCGGCGGCAGUUCGAGGAGGCUGUGCGCGCGGCGGGGGGUCCCAACAACCCCGAGCGUCUCUGGCCGGUGAUGGCGGUGGGGUUCCGCGACCUCAUGACGCGCGCGAGGGUGCAGGAGGAGACGCUCAAGGAGCACGCCGCGCGGCUCGCCGGGAUGACGAGCCUGACGCAACGGCUCCGCCAGACAUACGAGACGGACGUAUUGCAGCGGCUCGAGGCGGUGCGCGCGACGAACGAGCGGCAGAUCUUCGACCUGCUGCAGGUGUUCAGGCACCUCGACGCGCUCGAGGCGGCCAUGGGCCCGCGCGGCGGGCGCGCGGCGGACGGCGGCGCGAUGCACGCGUUGCGUGAGCGGCUGCGCGCGCUCGAGGCGUCGGUUGGGGCGCGGACCGGCGCGAACGUGCACUCGCGCGCCGAGGGGGUGGAGAUCAUGGCCAAGAGCCGCGCCAGGUCGAUGGCGAAGGAGACGGGCGCGUUGCGGGAGUCGGAGGGCAUGAUGGACGCGGCGUCGUUGAAGUCGUUGUUCGAGGUGUUGCACGAGCAGGUCGAGGUGCUGCAGCGGCUGCAGGACGUGGUCGCGCGGGACGAACGCGACCUGGCGAUCAUCAAGGAGCAGUCGAUCGACGGCGCGGGGUACUGA